AUUGAAGAUGACUAAGAACAUUGGCUAAAAUAUGAAGUCGAUUCAGGCCCGGUUAAGCCACCGAUUCCGAAAACCUUUGGCGAUGGACAAGCCGUCUAGCAGCAACAGCAAUCGGAUGAGCAGGAGCACUUCGAACUGCAGGAGCCCUGCCAUAGUACGUGGUCCGCUAAGCUCUGAGGAAUUUCAGGACCCGGCAACGGCAGUUGCCACACACCAACGGCUUUUCUGGAGCGGCCAGCGCGGCUCGACGGCGGGCAGGGAUGAUAAGAACAAGCCUGAUUCGACCGCCGCCGCCGGAAAAAAGAAGCCACCAACGUCGACAAGGCAGUCAAAUUUUACUCAGACGGAAAGGAGUCGGACACAACGCAAGCUUAGUACGCGGAGCACGCGGUGCAAUUCGGUGGCAGUUACGGCGCUGGUCAGCAGAGAAAACAUACCACAAACAUCCGGGUACAGAAGGCCGGAGGACCUGACCGCUCGGUGCAGUGCGUCGCACGAGGGGCGCAAGCUUCUGCAGGAGCGGCUGACGGUGCGGGUGGACGCACUGUUCAACAUGCUCUUCUCUGCCUCGCCGUUCCUGCAGAGCUUCCAUGAGCGGCGCAAGUCCACCGAUCUGAAUAUGGGCGUCUGGGCACGGAAUGCCGGUGGCCAAAAUCAGCGCACUGUCUCGAUGACUGUGACACUUCAGGCGAACGUUGGUCCCAAAACUGCCAAAAUUACCGAGACACAGACCAUGCGCGAGUGCAGCCAACCCGGCCAACUGUACUCGAUCGAUGUGCAGAGCGUCAACGCAGAUAUCCCCUACGCGGACACCUUCGUCGUCCUGAUGCACUUCUGCCUGAAGGCCACCGUGGAAGAGCACACGGACGUUUUGGUCUUUGCCCAGAUCCAGUUUCUCAAGUCCGUGUGGGCAGUGGUCAAGACCUUUAUCGAGAGGAACGCGUACGCGGGUCUCGAGGAGUUCUGUCAAUCUCUAUACAGCGCCCUACUGAUUGAGAUUAGGAAGAGGUAGGCGGCCAGAUUGCUUAAAUACACAUCAAAAUAUUUGACGGUC